AUGUCACGCUCCAUCGUUAUCAGCGAGAUGUCUAACAGUGUGACCGGAACUUUCGUACUCUAUGACCUCCUCUCUAUCAGUACUAUGUCUGGUUCCAUCGAAAUCACGAUAGUACCCCAUCCCGCUUCCUCUUCGAAAGCCCCGGCCGAGCUUCGUCUAAACACCGUCUCAGGCUCGAUCAAAGUGACGAUGGCGCCAUUCCUCCACGACCCUUCUACCGCGACACCCGAGCGCCCCUUCAACUCUUCUCUCAAGUCUAUGUCCGGCUCAAUCACUGCGGCGCUUGUCCACAACUACAAAACCUAUGUCUCCACCAUGACCGGCAGUAUUGCCGCUUCGCUAUAUCCGCUAGGUCAGCCCAGCUCCAAGUCUCAUGUCGACGUACGCUGCAUGUCUGGCUCAACAUCCAUAACUCUUCAUCCCUGCGUCAACUGUCCCCGAGCAGGUCUCAGGGGAAUCUCCACGGAUUUUCGCGGCAGCUCCGGCGGGUUGAAGGUGCGCUUCCCCUCUACCUGGGAGGGAGAAGUGAUCUCCCAUUUGAACAACGGCCGGGUCCAGCACGAAUGGGAGGGUUUGCAGGUCCUGAAGGACGGGCCCAGCUUCACGGCAGUGAAGGGGAGUGGAGUGGCGCAGUUGAAUGUUUGGGGUAGUUCUAUGAAUGUGGAAUUUUCUAUGAAUGUGGAAUUGGUGGGGGAGCGUGUGCCGGGUUUGCCGAGGGAGGGGGAGGUCAGGGACGAGGGAGAGUGCGUGCCUGUCGUACCGGGUAUGCGUGCUUUGCGGAGAGAAGUGGAGGUGCGGGAAGACGAAGAAGAAGAAGAAGAAGGAACCGACGACGACUGGACGAUUGUCGGGGACGAGGACGGAGCCCGGGAGGUUGUCAAACGGCCUCCGCCAACUUAUGAGGAUGCAACGAGGACGUGA